CUCCAGAGAUCACAGCUGUAUAAAAGAGGUCGGACAGGGCGGAGAUGCAGCAGUGGACCGCUCGCUCUCAGGAAGCGACAACUGUGGACGCACUUCAACCAGCACAGAGGAGAAAAGACUUCAUCACAGAUGGAGAACAUGAAGAGCGCAAGGAAAUAUGACACAGGGGGCGUUGGCAGUGAUUUAUCAGAGCAGAUUAAAGCAGCCACCAAAGACAGCCACGUCAGAGCCGAAAACACACAGCUGAUGCUGAGUUACCAGAAGGGACAGAUCAGCCUGGUGCAGUACAAGGUGCUGCUGUGUUCCCUCUACGAGAUCUACAAGGCGCUAGAAGAGGAGCUGGACAGAAAUUCUUCCCAUCCAGCCGUUGCGCCCAUAUACUUCCCCCAGGAACUCGCCCGUCUGGAAUCUCUGGAAAGCGAUCUGGAGCAUUUCUUGGGCUCCGACUGGAGGCGGAGGGUGAUUAUACCGGCGGCCACACACCGAUAUGCACAGAGGCUACGAGAAAUUGGAAGGAAGAACCCGGCGUUGCUGGUGGCCCACGCCUACACUCGGUAUCUCGGUGACCUUUCGGGAGGUCAGGUGCUAGGGAAGAUCACCCAGAAGUCUCUGGGUCUGAGCAGCAAGGAGGGGCUUUCGUUCUUCUCCUUCCCCGGCGUGAGCAGCCCCAACCGCUUCAAGCAGCUGUACAGGAGCCGGAUGAACGGCAUCGACCUGACGGAGGAGGGGAGGAGGGAGAUGCUGGAGGAGGCGGUGUCCGCCUUCGAGUUCAACAUCCAGGUUUUCGAUGACUUGCAGAAAAUGCUGAGUGUCACAACAGCAACAGCGAACCAAUCCAACGUCGUCUUCCCAACCGCCGCGCACCAAUCGCCACGCGUCAUGCAGUUCGCCGUGGGACUGUGUGUCGCGCUGGCCACCGUUGGGUUGGGAAUGUAUGCCUUAUAACCGCCACCAGCACGUCAACAGAUUUAUUAAAGAUAGAUAUUUCGGUCAGAAAUAUACACGACCUCAUUAAAGCUCAAACUCAUUUUCUCAACAUUUGCAUGAACUCUAUUAAACAAAAAAACUGCCUAA